AUACCACCAGGUUCCUCUUCCUGUCUUCAGUAUGGACACAGUUCUCCAGCAGCAGCAGCGGCAGCAGCGGUAGUAGCAGUAGUAGAGGUGGGCUGAGAUCACAGCUCUGCUGCAGCAGGGUGUGUGUAGAUCUUCAGAGAUGAUGGAGUCUCUGAGCUGCCGGACGGUGAAGGUGAUCGUGUUGGGAGACUCGGGCGUGGGGAAGACCUGCCUCACCCACCGCUUCUGCACAGGAACCUUCCCCGGAAAAACCGAGGCCACCAUCGGCGUGGACUUCAGAGAGAGGGUGGUGGAGGUGGAGGGAGAAAAGCUGAAGCUGCAGUUAUGGGACACAGCAGGUCAGGAGCGUUUCCGUAAGAGCAUGGUCCAGCACUAUUACCGUGAUGUUCAUGCCAUCGUCUUCGUCUACGACGUCACCAACACGACAUCAUUCCGCAGUCUGCCCGUGUGGAUGGAGGAGUGUCGGCAGCACUCGCUUGGUCAGGACGUACCCAGAGUCCUCGUCGGCAACAAGGUGGACCUGGCCACUUCUGUGGCCUCCUCCACCACCCUGGAGCAGGCCAGGCGCUUGGCUGACGUCCACGGCAUGCCUUUCUACGUGUGCUCGGCUAAAGGGGACGAUAAAAAGCAGGUGGACACCAUCUUCAUGACCCUGGCUCAGCGGCUGAAGAGACAGGGAGGGUUGAGAAGGAAAGGUCCUUCAGUGUCUGGAAGCUUUAAAUUACCUGCGAAAGUCAAGGUGGAGAAGGAGAAGCAGGAGAAAUGGGCCUGCACCUGCUGAUGAUGGAAGGAUGAAGAGAGAGAGAGAAACUGGAGAUGUGUGAGCUCACGGGCAUGAUCUUACACGUGACUAGUGCCAAGAGAAAAUCACAACUUAUUGGCUGAAGUGAUUGAUGGAGUCUUAUGUGCAAUAAUUGAGCCCAUAACUUGUUUAUAUGAGCUUUUUACUACAGUGGCAGCCUGACGGGCAUUACUAGCUGUACUUGGACUGAACCUGCCUUAGAAAUACAGGGGUGUGUACUGUUCUAUGUUGUGAAUUGUGAAGAAAGUUGCCUUUCCAGGUGUUAUGCCAAAUUUUGUUUCUUCCUCCCAGAGUGUAACAAAUUAAGGGUUAAUCUACAGUUACAGUAGAUACAGUAGACAUGAGUCCACGCAAUCGGUCUAGGUACUGUUCCAUGACCUGUGUGUGCAUGUGAAUGUAAGUCGGACUUCAGGCAACACACUGGUUCUUUAUCUUCUUCUGUUGUUUAGUGAGUGAUAAUAGCAUGUCUCAACUUCCUGUAAUUAUUAGAAAAUCGGAACCGUCUAAAAAAAAAGUGCUUUCACACUGACAAAAAACAGACAAACCAGAGCAUGGUCCAAUUUAUCUGGAUUGAUACCACCUCUUUUGGUCAGUCCCCAUUUUGGCACUUUUCACAGCUGCUUUUUUUGGUUCAGACCAAACUGGAAGGUCUGAAGGUGUGGACCAAACAGUUCUAGAGGCACCCAGGUACCCUGUACAUUUUAGGCUAUUAGGACCAAGACUGAAAUAAACUGAGGGGCAGUUUCUUAAACAGGGAUUAAGCCUAGUCCUAGACUAAAUGUUCCCUUCAAUGGGAAAUCUCCAUUCAAAAUGAUGUGUAGUACAGGACUAGUCUUAAUCCCUUUCUAGAAAACUGCCUCUCAGAGUUUCUUAGUUGUGGACUUAAUAACCUAAUAUACACAGGACAGUGUGCAUGUGUCCUGGUCCAGGGUUGAGAAACACUGUUGUAGCUAUAAUGGAAUCUGAACCAGUCAGAAUUAGGACAAAUCCUUUAUUAACUUAUAUUUGACUGAUUUGAGAUAAAGCUAGUUAGAUGUGCUAUCAAAGUGGCAGCCAUUUCCAUUGGGGAGUUACAGGAGACCUAAAGGACCUGCUGCUUAUGUUUUGGUGUCAGAUACUAAAGGACAAUUUCAUAUUGCUGAUAGCUGAUUUGCAAAUAUGUGGGUUUCUGCUAACUUUCUGGUAGUUUAAGGAGCUCAUCAGUAAGUAGGGAUCAGAUUGUGCGGUUAACUUGACUGGCCAGCCAAAAACAAUCCACCUUUUGGUCUUCUAAAAAAAAAAAAAAAACUGUAGAUCUACAGUAAUCAGUGUUUGGGCACAAACUUACAGCUUCUUUAAAAAUGGUUCAGCAUGGAACCAAAAGUAACUUUUUUAUGGUUUUGUGUAAGGAAAACUUUGUAGCACCUUUAUUUAUCACUGUUACUUUGGUUUAGCUGAAAUAUGUACUUAAUGGUUACUCACACUUCUUUUAAACUUGGGUUUGUUGUUUAACCAAAAGUGGUUCUUCUGUGAAAUCACUCAAAGAACCAUUUGGAGCACCUUUAUGUUAGAACAAAUGCUCUAAAUUUGGUUCAGUGGGUUGUCUAUGGGAGAUCUAGCUAUCUUUAUUAUUGAGGGGAUGAUGUUCAGAGGUCUUACAGGGCUGUUUUUCACAUUUCACCCCACAAAGACCUAAAGUGUGUUUGGGGCUCAACUCCUACAACUGAUCCCCAUAAAAAAAGAUCAACAAGAUCCCUUUAGAUUCCUUUAGCAAAGCUGUGAGUAACAGUGUGAUAAAUGUUUUCUUUGACUGUAUUUUGUUAAUGUGUGCUUUCCGUUUCAUUAAAAGUGUAUCUUUCAGACUGUAACUUGUUGUAGUAUUUGUUUUUAUGGCAGAACACUCAAAGCCUUGAACUUACACUGUAAAACUGUUAGUUCAGUGCUUUUCUAGGUGUGUUUUAAGUACGUUGUUUACUGUUAAACUGAGAAUAAAAGUAAUACCACUU